AUGCGGUGGCCUGAGUCAGCUCGAAGUUCUCGAACGACGCUGCCUUUGCUUCUCUACGCCUUGUAUCAGCAGGCUACUGUAGGACCGUGCAAUAUUCCAAAGCCUAGUACAUGGAGUCCUGUUGAAAACAGCAAAUGGAAAAGUUGGCAGGGACUAGGAGGCAUGGCUUCCACUGAGGCUAUGCGCCUCUUUGUGAAAAUACUAGAGGAAGAAGAUCCAGGAUGGUAUUCAAGGGCAUCAAAUUUUGUUGAGGAGCCUGUUUUGGAUGUUCAAAUGAAUCACACUUCAAAGGUUGAGCAUGUCAUUGAGAAUGGAACUUCCUACCCUGAGACAAAGACUAUUGCGGCUGAAAAUGGAAAUGUGAUGGAAACUCAGGAUAAGGAUGUUGUAUUGGAAGGCCUUGGUUCGGUUGUUAUCUAUGAUCAAUGGACUGCCCCUCCAAUAUCUGGCCAACGCCCCAAAGCCCGAUAUGAGCAUGGAGCAGCAGUUGUCCAAGACAAGAUGUAUAUAUAUGGUGGAAACCACAAUGGGCGCUAUCUUGGAGACAUUCAUGUUCUGGAUUUGAGAAGUUGGACUUGGUCCAAAAUUGAGGCCAAAUCUGGGCCCGAGUCCCAGGAAUCGCAGUCUCAUGCAGCGUCAGCCUCCUGUGCUGGUCAUUCUCUGAUACCCUGGGACAACAAACUUCUUUCAGUUGCUGGUCAUACUAAAGAUCCUUCUGAAACUAUCCAGGUGAAGGCAUUCGAUCUGCAGACUUCAACUUGGUCAACCUUAAAGACUUAUGGGAAACCACCGGUUUCACGUGGGGGUCAAUCAGUGACACUAGUUGGAACAACCUUGGUGAUAUUUGGAGGGCAGGAUGCAAAAAGAUCACUCUUGAAUGAUCUGCAUAUACUGGACCUAGAAACCAUGACCUGGGAUGAAAUAGAUGCUGUGGGCGUGCCUCCUUCUCCAAGGUCUGAUCAUGCUGCUGCAGUACAUGCAGGGUGUUACCUUCUGAUUUUUGGUGGGGGCUCACAUGCAACUUGUUUCAAUGAUCUACAUGUUCUUGAUCUGCAAGCUAUGGAAUGGUCAAGACCAAUUCAGCAAGGUGAAAUACCAACUCCACGGGCUGGACAUGCUGGUGUGACAGUCGGGGAGAAUUGGUUUAUUGUUGGUGGUGGUGACAAUAAAAGUGGGGCCUCAGAGACUGUUGUUCUCAACAUGUCUGCUCUAGUUUGGUCAGUUGUCACUUCGGUUGAAGGGCGUGUCCCUCUUGCAAGUGAGGGCUUGAGUUUGGUUGUCAGCUCAUAUAAUGGUGAAGAUAUACUCAUAUCCUUUGGAGGAUAUAAUGGCCGGUAUAACAGUGAGGUCAAUGUUCUUAAACCAAGCCACAAAUCAACUUUACAAUCAAAGAUAAUGGAGACUCCUAUUCCUGACAGUGUCUCUGCUGUGCAUAAUGCUACAAAUGCUACUAGAGAUGUGGAGUCUGAGUCUGAAGCUGGCCAAGAAGCAAAAGUUCGGGAAAUUGUUAUGGACAAUGUUGAUCCAGAGCCUGUGAAGUCUAAAGGUCCGGAAACCAGUGAACAAAUUAUCGCAACCCUUAAGGCAGAAAAAGAAGAAUUAGAAGCAACCCUCGGCAAGGAGAAGCUACAGUCUCUCCAGCUUAAGCAAGAGUUAGUGGAAGCUGAAACUCGAAGUGCAGACUUGUACAAGGAGCUUCAAUCUGUACGGGCCCAACUUGCCGCUGAGCAGUCAAGAUGUUUCAAAUUAGAGGUUGAUGUUGCCGAGCUACGUCAGAAGCUCCAAAGAAUGGAAACACUACAAAAGGAACUCGAACUCCUGCAGCGACAGAAAGCUGCUUCUGAACAAGCCGCUUUAAAUGCUAAACAGAGGCAGGGCUCGGGUGGUGUGUGGGGUUGGCUAGCGGGAAGCCCUCAAAAUCAAAAUGUUGAUGAAGCCUGAAAGUUGUCAAAGCCUUAUUAGCUAGCGAUUCCUUAUAUUCAAUUCAUAUUUUUAUCAAGUUUUCCAAAAAAAAAAAAAUAUAUUUUUGCUUUUACGACCCACAGUUCGUCGGGUAAUGGGAAUAAGAUAUAGAAGCCCAAAUGGAACCCCUUUUGGGGUUUUGCAUCAAUAGAUGUUCCUCAUUUCUCAUUUUUAGAGUUCUGUAUUCAAAAGUGAAUACCCUAUUUUGCUGAGUGAAGGUAUAGAUCAACAUUGUUUGCCGAGGAGUAGGAGAAAAGAGUGGCUUAACGAGGAUUAUAAAUUUCAUUUCAGAAUGUUAUUGGUAUUCUAAAAUGUUUACUUUCUUCUUCCUAA